AUGGUUUCUAACUCUCGCGGUAACCAUGUGUUGGUUUGGGAGCAGCCGGGCUUAGAAGAUCAAAGGCCGAAGGUGUAUAAAGGUGGCUUGGGAACUCGUCACUGGGUGACGUUCAUGCUGUUCUUAGGGAUGGCUAACGCUUACGUCAUGAGGACAAAUAUGUCGGUUGCUAUCGUUGCUAUGGUCAACCACACCGCACUGCCCGUUAGCCACGAAGCUAUGGACACCGAGUGUGGUGACGUCAGCCCUAAUUCCACGAAGGAAGUCUUACAACAAGACGGCGAGUUUGUGUGGAGUUCUCCUCUCCAGGGCUACAUCCUUUCUUCUUUCUUCUAUGGCUACGUAAUCACUCAGAUACCCUUCGGUAUUCUCUCAAAGAGGUACGGAGCUCGUCUCUUCCUCGGAGUAGGAAUGUUGAUUAACUCUGUGUUCGGUCUACUAGUGCCUGUUGCAGCCAAAGCUGGUUAUCCUUGGCUUAUUCUCGUGCGAUUCAUACAAGGACUGGGAGAGGGACCAAUAGUGCCGUGCUCACACGCUAUGUUAGCGAAGUGGAUUCCACCAAACGAGAGAAGUCGGAUGGGAGCAGCUGUAUAUGCCGGAGCCCAAUUCGGCACAGUUAUCUCCAUGCCUCUAUCUGGUCUUCUCUCGGCCUACGGGUUCGCUGGAGGCUGGCCUUCCAUAUUCUACGUAUUUGGUCUGAUUGGGACUGUCUGGUGUAUUGCCUUCCUGCUCUUCGUGUCCGAGGACCCUGAACAGUGUCCGAGGAUCAAGGAAGCUGAGAAGAAAUACAUUUUGAACUCUUUGUGGGGCGCUGCUGGAUCUAGUUCACCACCAAUCCCAUGGAAGAAAAUUCUGAUGUCCAUGCCCUUCUGGGCUAUAAUGUUGGCACACAUGGGACAGAACUACGGCUAUGAGACCUUGAUGACAGAGCUGCCAACCUUUAUGCGACAAGUUUUGCACUUCUCUAUCAAAGAUAACGGUUUCGUAUCAGCUUUGCCCUACCUAUGCAUGUGGCUUUUCUCAAUGUUCAUCUCCGUGGUGGCUGACUGGAUGUUGUCCAGCGGACGAUUCAACCACACGCAAGUCAGGAAGAUUAUUAACAGUAUUGGUGAAUACGGUCCAGCAAUAGGUCUAUUCAUUGCUGCAAACACGGGCUGCAACCCAUCUGCGACCGUCGCUAUUCUCGCCGUUGGUGUUGGGCUCAACGGUGGUAUCUACUCAGGAUUCAAGGUGAACCAUUUGGACAUAUCGCCUCGUUUCGCGGGUAUUCUGAUGGCAUUUACAAACUGCUUGGCCAACCUAACGGGAUUGCUUGCACCCAUCAUCGCUGGAUAUAUCAUUGACGGAAACCCAUCACAAGCCCAAUGGAGAAUAGUAUUCUACAUCGCCGGCGGUGUUUAUAUAUUCUGUGCAACAUUCUACAACCUAUUCAGCUCUGGACGGCGGCAGGACUGGGACAAUCCUGCCGAAGAUGACGCAAACGCGAAAAAAGCUGCAGAAAAGAAAGCAAGGAAAUCAGAAAGGAAAAACGCGAGUUACGAAAACACAGCUGAGACCGCGCAGUAG